UCGCCCGUGUUCUGACACGAGUGUCCCAAAGGCGAAAUUCUACUUGACAAGAACACUUCAAUAUGUCUGAUUCACUCGGCGAGAUACUCAUUAAGAAUAUGAUCAAUAUGGGAUUGGAGGACUCCUUUCCUCAACAUCAUGAAAUGUCUCGUCGAACCAGUCUAUCCUCAUUCUUUGGUCCAACACCAAAGAACAUCAGCCAGAGUUCAGAGCAACUGAUUGAUGAUAUCUCUGGUUGGCCACUUGACAUCUGGAGCGAGAAUGUGUCAAGUAAACCUCGGCACCCCUUCAGACCUGAUCGCUCUAUGAGUCUGACAGAAAACUGUCUCCCUAACUUCGGUAAAAUGAAGACCCUUGAGGUUCCACCGCCUCCUGGAUUUCCACCUCUAAACAAUAUGUUAAGCGCGCCUUCAAACCGCUACAAAACCGAGCUUUGUCGAAGCUUCCAGGAGAACGGGAGCUGCAAAUAUGGGAGCAAGUGUCAGUUUGCUCAUGGCGAGAGCGAACUACGUGGACUUCACAGGCAUCCAAAGUACAAAACCGAGGCAUGUCGCACUUUCUACAACUUUGGAUACUGUCCCUAUGGAUCCCGCUGCCACUUUAUCCACGAGGAGAAACUUACUUCACCUUCAGUGAACCAGAGGGCUCAAGCACCUGUUGACCAGAACCGACGCCUUCGUCAAAGUGUCAGUUUCGCAGGUUUCAUGGGCUCACGAAGCUCCCCACCCCCAACGCUAUACGAGCCCAUGGGCUUCACCCGAGCACCUUCAGUGUCCCCACCCCCGACUGACACUCUAUCCCCAGUUUUCAACGAAGCCGGCAACUCGCGUGAAAUGUUUCAUUUUGGCCAAAGCCGCACCAGUGAGGCGGACAUCCACAACAUUCCCCUCAUCAUUGAGCCUCAGAAGUCCUCUUAUUGUGUUUGUGGCCACGGAAAUAACCUCCCUUCUCUGAACAAACCUUACAGCAAAGAAGACCGUAAUAAUUCUUUCAUCACACAACCGAGCUUACAGCGAUUCUCCUCAGAAGAUUCCCUCUCAGACCGCGAGAGUUACAGCAGCACAGGAAGCUCGAGCGGCUCUGAGUCCCCCACAUUCGACGGCAUGGGCGGCAAGCGCCUCUCUGUGUUCGCGCGGAUGUCCGUGUCUGAGUAAUCACUGCUCUUUCCCACUUUAAGAGACUUUUUAAAAGCUUGAACACCAAAAAUUAUUUUCUUCCAAUCAAAAAAAAAAAAAAAAAUCAUCGAGUGUGACCUUAGGGCUCUCAAAUACUGUUUCUUCGUAUUUUUAAAUCACUUGCUCAGUGAACCUAUUUUGAUACACGUCUGCAAUCGAAAGCUAUCUAUUUUUAUAAAUAUAUAUUCUCCUGCAUAUUUUCUAUCACCCUGUCUUCCAUUUGCUCACUUUGACAUAGUCGUUUAAAGUCACCAGUGCCUUAUUGACAGCUAAUGUCGAGAACAUAAGUAGAUCUUAUGUUUAUGCAGCUUUACACCGGUUGUGUUGUUGUGUGUCAUAAAUGUGCUUCAGUUACCUUGUUUAUAUUUGGAAUACAAUUUUGUUUUUGUUUUUUUUUGUUGUUUUUUUUUUAAAUGUUUGUGUUGAAUGAAUACCCAACCAUUAAUGUGACAUACUGAUACUGGGGUUGGGGUGGGGAGGAACAUAACCAGACAUUCACUCAAUGCGAAAUGCACUUUACACGUUAAUAUUGGGAGAAAUUGUCCUUAUGUAGCAUGCAACCAAAGCAUUAGGCUGUCAUCUAUGGAUGUUUGGUUAGUCUGAACAAAUGGACUAAAUCAGGUGGACAGCUUCUUUUGGGUUUGUUCUUUCUUUUAAACUUGUUUGUUUCCGUUUUUUUUUUUGUUUGUUUGUUUGUUUUUACUUUUAG